GUAAGAGGGAUGCUUUCUCUGGUUUUUACAGGUGCGAAUGAGACUUUGUUGCCUCGUUAUGUAAUAAUUGAUCAAGGGAUAUUAGCUGAAAGUGGUGGGAUGAUAGCAAGAAGAACAGGGGAAUUGCGUGGCAUGCCCCGGAAAAUAUAUGUGACACCUAUGGUAUGUGUGGAGAAUUUGGAAACUGCAACCCGCAGACUAAACCUAUGUGCAGCUGCUUAAAAGGGUUUGUGCCAAAGAACGCGGAGGAAUGGAGGAGAGGAAACUGGACAAGUGGGUGUGUGAGAAGAAAGAAGCUGCAAUGUGGGGUUCAAGGGGGAAAACAAGAUGGGUUUUUGAGGUUAAAGAUGAUGAAAGUGCCAGUUAAUGCUGAUAUUGCUGAAUGGUUUGUGGGUCUGAAUCCUGAUCAGUGCAGAACAACCUGCCUGGCAAACUGCUCUUGUUUGGCUUAUACACAUGAUACUGGAACUGGAUGUAUGAGAUGGAGCGAGAACUUGAUUGACAUAGAGGACCUUUCACCUGGAGGGGUGGACCUAUUCAUUCGGCUUGAACAAUCAGAGCUAAGUACUAGUAAGAGAUAUGACUUUAGGAACAGCAGUGAUUGCCACUAUCAUAUACUUCCUGUUCAAAUGGAGAGCUCGGAAAAAGGGUAAACACACAUCGGAUAGAAAUAGAAAAUCUAAAUCAAUACCAGAGAAAAAAGCUGGGAAAGCAACAGAUUCAUAUCUAUUCAAAGACAAAACCCAAGUAAUGAUUGAAGACUUAAAAGUCUCAAAACUUGAAGAUCUGAUAAUAGCAACAGACGGCUUUAGUGAGAGUAACUUGCUCGGGAAGGGUGGUUUUGGCCAAGGUAAGAAUGAGUUCAAUUCAAACAUGAUCUUAC